AUGAUCUUAUCGCCCUUUGCAUUCCUUUUCUUGUGUCUCGCUCCUUCCCAUGCCUCACUCCUCCAUUACACCCACCACAGGCGUGCGCUCUUGGAGGGAGCUGCUGACAUGUCACGCGUGGCCGGUGCCGUCUCACAUGGCGCCGAGUCCUCCACUUCUACCCGCGGCGCAAUCGAACUAGCACACCCCCCGGAUCCUGUCUCUGACAGCAUCCUCGCCCCACUACAGGCAUCAGACAGGAACGUCCAGCUUGCCCACCGCCCCGAAGUUGACCCCGGAAAAUCGGCUGCUCCUGCCGACUUCCAUCCUCCCCAAAAUCACAACCCUGCUGUUACCUACUACCAUCCUGAACAAGAGUUCCAACCACUUUUGUCUCACCCCCCUCUGCCCCCCAAGCUUUCUUGGACUGGCCGUCUCAAAUUCAGGCUCCGCUCAAAGUGGAACAAUAUCUACCUGUUUUUCCGACGCGCUGGCCGUUUCUUGUCGCCAGCCUCGCCUCGCCGGAUAUUCUCCUAUGCUUCCAAACUGCAAUCCGACUUUAAAAAAUUGCCGGCUAACGCAGAUCACACACAGGGGCUUGUCCGAAAAGUGGUCACAAAGAUUUUCAAAAGCAAAUCCAACUUUCGUACUUACUUGCGAGUCGAUCCCAAAGUGCCGUUGUCCACGGAAGCAAUACUCGUGGAUGACACGACUAAACGAUUGGUCGCCAUCCGGGAAUUCAUUAACGUUGAUCAUGAACUAGCUCUCAAAUCAAACUCUGAAGCGAUCGAGGCCGCAGUCAAAAACUCUCUCAAGCUGUUCAGCAGCCCUUCCAGUCUGGCCAAUCACUUGGCCAGCCUCAACGCCCGUGAACUGGCUGCUGCUAGGCUUGGUAUCCGCACCUACGCCGGUGGGGCUGCAGCAUCUCUCGCAGACCUACAUGGAUUCUUGGGCCCCGAAAAUGUCUUCGCAUCCCAAUUGACCUUGAUCCUUCACGAUGAAAGCAUCGUGGGUAGGCUGCCUGAUGGCUUCAAGCUUCAAUUUGCCGAGGAACUCAAAGGAUUACAGACUCACCUCAGCGAGAUGGCUAGAUACCAAUCAGAGAUGCGCAUUGCCGGGAAAAACUCGCAUUCGGUUCUAUAUCCCUACGACGCGGCUGAAGCGAUAGAGAAUUUUGCACAGAAACAAACUCAAGUCCUUGGGGGACAAUUCGAAAACUUCCAAGCAGUCAUGUCGAAAAUUAAAAAAUCGGAUCCUUACAAAGCUUUCCAAAUGGAUCUCAACUUCCCCAACAGCGCAGCCGGUCGCGAACUGCAGUUCAUAAAACCGCUAUGGGCGGGCCAGGGCUUCGACACAAACACCAUGUCGUUUGCCGAAGCGUAUAGACUCAAGGUUGGCUUCAAAGAUCCGGUCAAGGCCGUUAAAUUUCUCGCUCCCGGCCAGGAUAUCCCAGCAAAGGCCCUGGAAAACACUCUCGCGCGUUUCAAGACCGAAGCCACAGCCCAGAAACUCAAACAGGACGUGUUGGACAUCUAUUCUCGCGACGGCUACAAGCUCCUUCGCGAGGAGAUAAGCACUUCUAAAACCAUCCCGUUAUAG